AUGGCUAAUCUCAAUAUCAGUGGGUUUAUCCUCAUGGGGUUUUCUGCCAACCCUGAGCUAGAAAUGUUAUAUACGUCUUUGUUCUUAGUCUUCUACUUGUUGGCUCUAACUGGCAACAUCCUCAUCAUCACCACCACUUCAGUGGAUGAGAGUCUCAACUCCCCCAUGUACUUCUUCCUGAAGCAUCUCUCCUUCUUGGAUCUCUGCUAUAUUUCUGUGACUGUACCGAAAUACAUUUACAACUCUUUCAUGCAGAGUGGCAAUAUUUCCCUUGGGGAAUGCAUAGUGCAGUGCUUUGCUUUUGCUGUCUGUGGUAGUGUUGAAAUGGCCAUGCUCACAGUGAUGUCCUAUGACCGCUACGUGGCCAUCUGCCUUCCGCUGCACUAUGACAUCAUCAUGGAUGUCAGAACCUGUGUCCAUGGAGUCAUCAGUGCCUGGGUCAGUGGGGUCAUCUCCGGAGUCAUGCACACAGCAGCUACUUUCUCCAUUCGCUUCUGUGGCCCCAAGAUCAUCCACCAGUUCUUCUGUAACAUCCCCCAGAUCCUGAAACUCUCCUGCUCCAAUGACUAUCUUGCUGAGGUUGGUGUCACUGUCUUCAUGGUUUUGCUGUCAUUUCUUUGUUUCAUUUUUAUUAUAUUCUCUUAUGUGCACAUAUUUGCCUCUGUGCUGAGGAGGCCAUCUGUGGAGGGCAGAGCCAAGGCCUUUUCCACCUGCCUCCCCCACCUUGUUGUUGUCAUAUUGUUUAUGUCUACAGGUGCCUUUGAAUAUUUUAAGCCUCAUUCUUACUCUCCAACUGCUUUGGACAUGUUUCUGACUUUGAUGUACCCAGUCAUUCCCCCAACAUUCAAUCCAAUGAUCUACAGCCUGAGAAAUAAAGCCAUAAAGUCAGCUGUAAAGAAGGUUUUACAAAGAAGAACUGAAGCAUUUCCUAUUUGCUCUGUAUUCAAGGAGAAGUUCAACAUAUGA